AGCUGUACUCUUACAACGCAAGUACAGCUGUAUGUCUGUCCCUGGUAUUACGAGCGCUAUACGCUUCUCAAUUUGCGCCUAGCCUUAUGUUAACAUUUUUGUGAUGCCUUAGUGUGGACCUGACAUUUAUCUGCUAUUAUUGUUAAUAUUCCAGGAUACGGGCCUUUACCAAUAUGUCAAGCGGUGUGUUUUCUAUAUCUGAUGAAAACAGUUGUAAGUUAAAGGAAAUGGUUUUUUAGUAUUACUUUUUCUAUUAGGGUUGCUCGAUUACUGCGAUUCCUUGUUCCACACCAUUCCAAGCAAAUAUAUCUAUAAACAUUGCUCACCUCAGCUGCUAUCAAUGCUCCUUUGGGAAGAUUAUCGUAGCUGCUUAGAAUCCGAUGCAAAACAAAAAAUAAAAUGACCGUGCAGAUGAACAAGCAGCAUCUCGCCCACGCCCUGCGGAACAAUUCGAACCUACCGUUGGUCCAUCCCAUGCGAAGCGUCAGUUCCGAUGCCAAACCCAGCGAUCUGUCGGAAGCCCAGAAAAUGGCAUUCGUCGCAAUGAUGCGGUUAGUUCACGAUCCGCGAGAGAUUCAAUGGAACAAGCGGAAGGAAAAAAUGGUCUCCAAACGGAUUGAAACCGGCCCGCAGCCAGUGGCAGAAAAGAAACCAAAGAAGCGAUUAUUGAAGCACAAAAUAGCAGCGAUGAGGAAGCGUAAACAAUUUCCGUUGCCACCCGAAAGCGCAUGUGACAAGGCUAGGAGGUUCGGAUACAUUCCGUCUUCUGUGAAGAAGGAGAAAUUAUCGGGCUAUGCAGCAGCGUAGGUUUCGAUGCUUGGAAUAGGAAUAUUUAUUUUAUUUCAAAUUGAAUACUUAAGUAUGUUGCCAAUGUUCGUAGUUUUGUAAUUAUAUGUUUGAAGAAUCCGCAGCCACCUUCGAUUUCGCGUCGGCUCCAGUAUGAAUGCGCAAAUGCAGCAUCAUAUUGCCUUUGGUUACGAAUGUUUUCAGGCAAAACUUGCACUCGUAAGGUUUUUCGUUAGUGUGCACGCUCCGUGUGUGCGUAGUCAAAUGAUGCUUCUGGCGGAACGCUUUUUGACAAAACUCGCAACUGUAAGGUCUCUCACCCGAGUGGACGAGCAAAUGUUUCUUGUGGGAACCGAAGGAAAUAAAUCGCUUUGGACAGAUAUGACACUCGUAGCGCUGCUCGCCUUAAAUGGAAUAUUAUUGUCGAAUUAUUGUCUUAGAAAAUAAACAAAUCGAACAGUA